AUGGACUCCGGCGGAGUCAGGAGAAAGGAUACCACCAAAGGUCCGCCUCUUCGAGUUCUAUCACUCGAUGGAGGAGGUGUCCGCGGUUACUCCAUAUUUAUUAUAAUCCAGGAGCUUAUGCACCGAACUUUUGUCGAGAUCGAAGGCCGCGCUCCCAAGCGACACGAAAUUCCCAAGCCAUGCGAUCAUUUCGACCUAAUCGUCGGUACUGGCACAGGCGGCCUGAUUGCCUUGAUGCUGGGUCGACUGCGUCUUGACAUCGAGACGUGUAAGGAGCUCUACGUUCGUCUAACGCGCAUGGUUUUCCAGACCGACAAGACUAUUGCGGGCAUUCCUUAUAGAUCGACUUUGUUCAAGGCCAGCAAGCUCGAGGAGGCUAUCAAGGCCGCUGUCCAAGAACACACGGUGAAGGAGAGGGAAGGCAACGAUGGCUCAGAUUCUCCCCUCACCAAUCCCCUCAACGCUGCGAUGUACUCAAGCGCCGGUGCCCCUCGCCGAAACCAGAGCAACGCAAGCACCGUUAGCUUUAGCGCUCGCAGUCCUGCUUCGCAAAUGGCGUAUCGACCUGCGUAUAACUCAAGAUACGGCGAUCCUAAUGCGCGCCUAUACGAUCAUCGAGAAAACCGCACCAAAACUGCGGUGACGGCAGUUUAUAAGGGUUCUCCUCGAGGUUCACCCGCUGCUCUUUUGCGAUCCUACGAUUCUCGAAAAGAACCUCCUCCCGAGUUCGACUGCAAGAUUUGGCAGGCUGGUCGAGCCACUUGUGCGAUCGGAUUGGCCUUCAAGCCCAUCACCAUUGGUCAAUCAGUUUUUCACGAUGAUGGUGUCGGCACUUUCAACCCUAGUCCAGAAGCCCUGGACGAAGCUGUGGUCAACGAGUGGCCCGGUCGCGAAGUGGGUGUUUUUGUUAGCGUCGGUACUGGCAGACGGCCUAAGGGCAGCGAUUCGAACUCACAGAUGUGGUAUGAAGGCUUCUUGGGCGAUUUUGCCGACGCGCGUAGGAAGUUGAUCGCCAAGAUCGAAGGCUGCGAGAAGAUUCACGAGUACAUGAUGCGCGAGCACCUUGGAAGGCGAAAUGUCAGUAUUGACGCCUACUACCGUCUUAAUGUGGAAGUUGGUGUUGGUGAGUUUGGAAUGAAUGAGUGGAACCGGCUGGGCGAAAUCAGCACUGGUACUCGACGGUAUAUGUCAAGGGAGGCCGAGCAAAGGAUGAUCCAGGGCAUUUCUUCCAAGCUUGCCAAAAUUCACCGAGCCAGGAUCCGUCAUGCACGAGCUCCGGAAGGAAUCCCAGAACUUGUCAAGUCAACUUCAACCACAUGGGAGAUGCCUAUGGCAUUUGAGCUUGCAGGCGAUAUUCCAACUACUGUUCCACUUCCUCACAGUCCCGCGAGCCGGUCUUCGUUCGAGUCGGGCUCGGAUAGUUUGCAUAUCCGCAACAACAACCAUAACGGUUCGCCACGAACCUCAAACGAACGAAUGCACGCAGAAACGCAUAACGUUCCCAACUCUCCUCCCCUAGGACCCCGAGGUCCUAGCGCCAGCGCUCCCUCUUUACACCCAGAGGAUCGUUUGGCAGUAUCAUCACCUACACCUGCGCAGUAUCGCGAAGGUGUGUCGGGCCAAGACUUGAUCGCUAUUGUGAGCCCAGAUGAGUAUCCUAGGCCGCCUCCCAACAUGGCCGCGCCGCCACCGACACGGAUUGAACCGCCGCCGCUGCCCCCCAAGACGCCUCUCCCCGAGAGCCAGCAGCAUCAAGGUCGAAGAGUGCCUACAGCCGCGCCUCCUUAUCCGUUAGACGAUGACGAGCCCCCGCCUGUGAACAUGGCCCGAAAGCCGGACUACCGGGGAAGAUAA